CAACACCUCUUUUAUUGCCUUUCUCAGCAAACUUAAUACACCACCAAGUGAUCUCUACACUUGAGUCUUUUUCUGCUUACAACAAUAUCAAAAAGAGUUUCAAUUCAGAUAUAAACCAUCAAAUGGAACAGAACCAUCAAACAACUUCAUCGUCAUCACCACCGGAAGCAUUCCCUCAACAUCCCACCUUCCACCAACUGCUCCAACAACAGCACCAACAGCUCCACAUGUUCUGGAACUACCAGCGCCACUCAAUGGAGCGCACCGCCGAUUUGAAGAACCACUUGCUCCCCCUCGCCCGCAUAAAAAAAAUCAUGAGGGCCGACGAAGAUGUCCGCAUGAUUUCAGCAGAAGCCCCCAUACUGUUCGCGAAGGCCUGCGAGCUCUUCAUCCUUGAACUCACCAUUCGUUCGUGGAUCCAUGCGGAGGAGAAUAAGCGCCGCACGCUGCAGAGGAACGACAUCGCGGCGGCGAUUACCCGCACGGAAGUGUUUGACUUUCUUGUGGAUAUUGUGUCGCGCGAGGAGAUUAAGGAGAUUGUGGUGACGGCGCCGCAGCAGAGGGGGGAGGGAGGGGCGGCGGGUGCGGGUGUGCCGUACUAUUAUUCGGCGGUGGAGGCGGCGGGGCAACGUCGCUGGUGCAGUACCCCGAACAGACCAUGA